CAUAGCCACUUCUCCAGUAACCUCUCCGCAACUUACCCCUUCUCUUGCAACGUUGGAAUUUCGACCGCGUUGGAACUCAAAUCCUCAACAUGUCUGGCUAUAUGCCCUCUUUCUCUCAACCGCCUUCAAGGCCGGGAUCUCUGGCUGCAUCCAGGGCAAACUCCUAUGCCGGAUCGAGGUUUGGCCAGUCUCGUCCUGGAUCUCCAUCACCCGGAAGCCCGUACGCGUCGCACCCCGGAUCACCAGGCCCUGGUAGUCCUCUUCCAUCAAGACCUGGCACUUCCAAAGGUCCUUCGCGGGCAGCAACUCUCAAUGGGAAAUCUAGGCCCAGCAGUCCUCCCCCCGAGGUGGAGACUGAACAAACCACUCCCGAUGUUUUGUCAGUGUUGGAACACGCGAACGAGAUGAUUCGAGAUGAAAAGGGAAAUCCCAAGGUCGGACGUAUCGUGGGAGGAAAAUAUGUCGAUCCGUCGAACGAGCAGAUCGAUCCUGAGUGCGGGGCGAUAAAGACUGUCGAUAUUGAUAUGCCGCUCACGUUGACCGAGCUCGUCAACCACAACGACAAAGAGUAUAUCGUCCUCGAAUAUGCUACCGGCGACAAUCAGAAUCCUUACAACUGGAAGCCAGCUUACAAGAGCUUUAUCACAACCAUGCUUUGUCUCAUGACUCUUUUCAUCGGUCUUGCUACAACUGCAUACAGCUCUGGUAUCGGAAGCAUGGUCAAGGACCUGAACGCAUCGCAGGAGGUUGGCCAGCUUGGUCUGUUCACUUUCAACUUCGCUUGUGCUCUCGCUCCCAUGGUGCUCGCGCCAUUCUGUGAGCUUGUCGGCCGGAAAAUCGUCUACGCUGGCGCAUUCCUCUGUUUCACCCUCCUCUUCAUCGGUCUGGCUCUCGCCAAGGAUAUCGGUACUAUCAUCGGGCUCCGACUCCUGCUCGGUCUCUUCGGCUGUGUUGGAACCAUUCUCGUCGGUGGUACAUUCGAUGACAUGUACCUCCCUCACGAGCGUUCCCGACCCAUGGCACUAUUCUCAUGGAUUGCCAUCUUCGGUACCGUUGCUGCACCAAUCUACGCUGGCUUCAUCGACCAGGCCAUCGGUUGGCGCUGGAUUGAGGGUAUCCAGGGCCUGGCCAACGUGCCUCUCCUGAUCUGCAUCUUCAUCUUCUUCCCCGAGACCCGAGGCGGCGUCGAGCUGCACAAGCGAGCCGUCGCCCUGCGCAAGGCGACUGGGGACGAGCGUUACGUGGCUGAGGGCGACAUCUACACGCCCGAUAUCAAGUCCAUGCUGAAGGCCUCGUCCGUCAAGGCCAUCCACAUGCUUGUCACCGAGCCCGUGGUGUUCUCCUUCGGCCUCUGGAUCGCCUUUUGCUGGGGCGUGACCUUCAUGUUCCUGUCCGUCAUCCCCAUCACAUUCACUGAGAAGCGUGGCUGGUCCGAGGGUGUCAGCGGUCUGCCAUACAUUAGUCUCUGCAUUGGCACCACCCUGGCUUGGGGUGCCCACCACUUUCAGAUGCGCAAGUAUGACAAACUCAGCGCCGACCCCAAGGUCACGGUCACCCCCGAGGCCCGUCUCUACGGCGCAAUGUAUGGCGCCAUCUGGCUGCCAAUCGGUCUGUUCAUCUACAGUUUCACCCAAUAUGCCUCCCUCUCGUGGGUAGGCCCGGCCAUCGGCCUGGCACCCAUCGCCUUCGGUAUUUACUUCGUCUUCGAGUCGACGUAUAGUUACACUGCCGACUGCUACGGACCAAGUGCCUCCUCGGCUAUCGCUGGGCAAGGUCUGAUGCGCAACACUCUUGGCGCCGUCACCCCGCUGUUCUCGACGCAGUUCUUCCACAACGUCGGAUCACAGUAUGCUGGCCUGAUUCUGGCUCUGAUCUCAACUGGACUGAGUCUCAUCCCCUUCGUCAUGUUCAAGUUCGGUCCCAAGCUCAGGGCCAGGAGUAAGCUUGCUCUUGUCUAA